AUGAAGAUUGUACUCUUGUGCUUUGUGAGUUUCAUUCUUCUAAAUGUGGAAAAUAUAAAGGCAGCACAAGACAAAGAAUCGUUGUUACAUCUUCGGAAAUAUCUUCUUCAGAAUUACACCCGUCAGAUAAGACCAUCGUCAACAUCGCCGGGAAAACUACCAGUGGAACUACAGGUGAUGAUGAUGUCUAUAUUAGAAGUGGACCAAACUAGACAGACUCUUUCAUCUAGCUUAAUUUUAGUUACACAGUGGAUUGACGAAGAAUUAACGUGGAAUGUAGACGAUUUUGGAGGACACUCUAACAUAUCUCUCUCAGAAGAGGACAUCUGGACCCCACAAAUUAUGCUCAUUAACGUAGCAGAAAAGUCUACAAAACCGUAUGUGAUUACUAUUAACAUUGAGGCCAAUGGGAAGGUAACAUUUGUUAUGUUGGAUGUAUUCCAAACAAGCUGUCUUGUCGACAUUUCGAAAUAUCCAUUCGAUGAACAAACCUGCUCUAUUUCAUUCGGGUCUGCUCUGGACCACAACAUUUGGACUCCUAAUGACACUUCAAUGGUAACCGAACACGGCUAUUUUACAAGUAGCAACGAAUGGGAAAUUGUUGAUAUUUCUGCAAGUACAAUAUACAUGCAACUGAACAAAGGCAAUAUGGCGAAGUUUGACUUUCGGUUACAACGUCAGUGGAAGUUCUACGUUCUGAGUGUCAUACUUCCCAUGGUUCUUCUGUCUCUGUUGAACGCAUCUGUGUUCUUGUUGCCGGUUGAAUCGGGCGAGAAAAUCUCCUUCUUGAUUUCAAUCCUCGUUUCUUACUUCGUCUUCGUCAACUACAUCAACGAUGCCAUGCCCAAGUCUACAACUCCAUCGAGGAUGGCCAUAUACUUAGUUCUCACACUAUGUCAGAGUUGUAUGUCCAUUAUUAUCAACCUGUUGAUAAUUGGCGAUCAUUUUAAUAAAAGAAGUCAGAGUGUUCGUCAAGUCAAAGUAUCACAAACAGCUAAAGUUGCUCCACAAGAGAAUUCUGUUUCUGUAACUUAA